AUGAGAUCGAUUUCGAAUGCAAUUGCAUCAUCGUCGAUGAAGAGAUUUGUUCACCGUAAUCUCCAGGGGAAAGGUAAUCCUGGAACUGCUCCUCCUUCGUUUUCAUUGCGGUUUCCGUUGCUGGGAACGAGCUUUUUCUGCUCUCGUCAUGAUUUCAGAGAGAAAUUGAGGAAUGGGCUUCGUGAUAUUAAGUUAGAUGAUGCUAUUGGUUUGUUCAGUGAAAUGGUCAAGUCUCGUCCUUUGCCUUCCAUUGUUGAUUUCAGUAAUUGUUGA